AUGGCUGUGGACGCGGCCUCCAGUUUCAGUUUCUGCCGGCCUGCUGUGGAAUACAGAGCGCUGCCGGAGGACUUCAACCACCUGAGUCGACGGACAGGAGGGAACCUGACUUGGCAUGACGGGCGGGGUCAGAAAACAGCAGGGGGCCGGACAGUGAAGCUGCUCCAACAGCCUGGGACAGAGAAAUAUCAGCGCCGUUCAGGCGACUCCUAUGGAAUCUACCACACCAGCCCCACCCAGCCUAGUCUGAUCCAGCCUGUGGUGUUAUGGACUCAGCAGGACGUCUGCAGGUGGUUGAAGAAACACUGUCCUCACAACUACCUGACCUACGUAGAGGCCUUCUCUCAUCACGCCAUCACAGGCCGUGCUCUGUUGCGUCUGAAUGGAGAGAAGCUGGAGAGAAUGGGCUUGGUGCAAGAGACACUGAGGCAGGAGCUCCUACAGCAGGUGCUUCAACUGCAUAUGCAAGAGGAGGGACGAAACCUGCAGCUCCUUAGCAGAGGUGGCUCCUUUGGAAAUCUAUCGUAACAUAACAUUCCAUUUCUGACUGGGUUGUUUACAGUGAAAACUGGAAAGAUUAUAGAGCACUUCAACCAUGUACAAGCUGGGAGUCUGUCCACCAUUCAGAAACUAGGACUGUAAUGUGAACCACAUGGAAACUAUUAACUCUGACGAGGACACAUGAGAUGAUCACAUGCCAUAUCCAACUCAGACAGAACCGGGGGAGAUGGAACACUCCCAAAUAUACAUACAGUACUGUGAUCAAUAGAGCACAGCCCCGACUUUGAAAAGUUGGAUAUUGGUUUUCCAACUAAAGGGACAGACUAUACAGUUCUAUCUGUGAUUUGAAAUGAAAGGAUGUUA